AUGGCCGCCUGCACCGACGACGACAGGCACAGCGAGGCGGAACCUGACAUUGUCGAAGAGCCGGCUCGAGUGGCCGUCCGAAAUUCUAGCCUCGAGUGCGACAUCGACGUCUCGGUCACGGUGGCGCGCUCCAGCUGCACGGCCGCUGCGAAACAUUCGGGUCCUCUUGUGGAUAUGCCGUCCGAAAAGUCUGGACUGUCUCUAGACGAGGACAGUCUCUUGGACGGCGACCCAGACAAGGACUUCGCACCAGGCGAUGACGCCCUCAUUCCAGGAUUAUCGGAUGUUUCGCUCUCCCCGAAGCACGCUAUCAUGGCUGAUCCGUUGGGCGUCGCAGACCUCAGUUUGUCGGAGGGCGACAACUCGUUGGGCCAGCAGUCGCCCAUAUCCAAGCCCCUGGCCACGGUCCCGGAGGAGCCCGAGCUAGAGGCGCAGCUCGAGAUGGAGCACCCACCCGAGCGAAACCCCGAGGAACUGAGCGCUCACAUGGAGGAGGAGCCGGCUCCUCUCAUGCUCGACGCGCUGCCCAACCAGGACCAGGAGCUCUCCACAGAGGCCGGAAACGACUUGCUUCCGGACUCGUCGGAGCCAAACCUGAAGAUUUCCGAGCAGUCGCUUGUCGAAUCCGCGGUUCUCCCCGAGAUCAGCGACAGCUCGCUGAAGGAAGACAAGGCCACCAGCACAGCUAAAGUCAUCGUAAUCGAAGACCUUCCCGUGCGGCCAAGGUCUCCUUUUCAAACGCGCAAUAGACCGAACGCUACGGCGCACACGCAGCAGUCUCCGGUUUUGAUGCCCGAAAAACUGCCGCUUCCGCCAGCCGAAUGUCGGCCAGUGCUGCCAACGCUGUCCCAGCGUAACCAGCUUGGAGCGUGCCGCAAGGUGGCGCCCGUGUCGGUCGAAGUCCGAAGUGCACGUCCGAUAGGCGCUGAAUUGGCUCCACCGCUAAUGUCCAAGGGCUCCGUGGCCAACCAGUUCCUCUUGAAGAUUGGCCAGCUGCGUGGUGCGACGGUGUUUUCUGAAGGUGGCCACGACACUUGCACGCUGACUAAGGACCUCAUGAGCGUCGAGGGCGCCCAAAAGCAUCCCGACAAGUACAAGAAAGAAGAGUUCGGGGAGCUAUUCACCAAAAGGCCGUGA